CAACUGUCACCCAGGACCCAACAAUGUAACUGUCGCCUCUGUCAUCGGCUCUGUCUGACUCCGGGGGACACACGCGCUAAGGUCCAAAAAUGGGGGACUGGUCUACCUUGGGGCGCCUCUUAACAGAAGUCCAGAACCAUUCCACUGUGAUUGGAAAGAUAUGGCUGACCAUGCUUCUCAUUUUCCGAAUCCUUUUGGUAACAUUGGUGGGCGAUGCGAUGUAUGGCGACGAACAGUCCAAGUUCACCUGCAACACUCUUCAGCCUGGAUGCAAUAAUGUGUGUUAUGACAGCUUUGCUCCUGUUUCACACCUCAGGUUUUGGAUAUUUCAGAUUGUCCUGGUCUCAACACCUUCCAUUUUUUACAUCAUCUAUGUCCUGCAUAAAAUUGCCAAAGAUGAGAAGACUGAACUGGAAAAUGCUUAUGUCAUGGAGCUGAUUCAGAGCGUAUCUGCUGGAGAACACGUGUCCAAAAGCAAUGUAAACCCAGACGCUGAACAACAGAUGGAUGGUAAAGAUGCCUCCUGGAAAGGAACCAUGUUUAAGCCAAAGUUAAGAAAGCAUUUCAAAGGGUCUAUCCCAGUUUUUGACAAAAUGCAAAUCAUCUAUAUUGUCCAUGUGGUACUCAGGUCUCUGAUGGAGGUUGGGUUCCUGGUAGGUCAAUACUAUCUUUUUGGUUUUGAAGUGCCUCACCUUUUCCAAUGCCAGACAUACCCUUGUCCGACCACCACUGAUUGCUUUGUCUCAAGGGCCACAGAAAAGACAGUCUUCCUUAAUUUCAUGUUUGGGGUUGGACUUGGUUGCUUCAUUCUGAACCUUGUGGAACUGCAUUACUUGGGUUGGUUCUAUGUUUUCCGCAUUUUAUACUUGGCCUGCUCUGCCUGCUGUGAUUUUAAGAAGAAGCCAAAGGUUUUAUGCCCGGAGCAGAACAGCUUACUCAUACACUUAAAGGACAUCAUUCAAGAAAGGUUUGUGCUCAAGACUUCUUCAGGUUUAUCCCAGGAGAAGAUAAGAUGUCUCCCAUCUCAGGCAGCUGCCAUUUCCUUCACACAAGAUGACAACAGUGAUACAACCGACCAGAAAGGCCCAGACACUAAGCACAGUAGCCUCGACAAAAUAUACAAACCCAAAAAAUCUUGGCUUUAAGAAACAAAAGAAUAUUUCUUAUAGGUCCAUUGAUCAUUACAAGGUUCUUCUUCAUGAU